CGUUGUUGUGUUGUCGAACGUGAGCUUGCAGGAUUGACUGCACGGGGAGAGAACCGAUCUUAUCUAAAUAGUGAUAUUAAAGAUGGAGGUGGAUCAGCUGCUCUCUCUGUCAGGUUCAGCCUUGGCUCAGGCGAUCAGUUCUCUGCUGGAGACUCCAGGCCUUUAUGUAUUUUCAGACAUACUGGAGCUGCCAAAUGUUCGAGAGCUGGAGACAGGUCCCCACGCUCCCGUCUAUCAGCUCCUCAAUCUCUUCACCUAUGGAACCUACUCUGACUAUAAAGAGAGGGCAGCCUCUCUACCUGAACUUACCCCUUCCCAGAGGAACAAGCUCCGUCAUCUGUCAAUCAUCAGCUUGGCCUCCAACCUAAAGUGUCUUCCGUACUCCCUGCUGCUGCAGCAGUUGGAGUUGAAAAACGUGCGAGAGCUGGAGGAUCUGCUCAUCGAGGCCGUCUACUGCGACAUCAUCCACGGCAAACUGGACCAGCGCAACCAGCAGGUGGAGGUGGACUUCAGUGUGGGCCGUGAUCUCGGCCCUAACGAGCUGCCCAACAUCGCUAACACGCUACAGGAGUGGUGUGCUGGAUGUGAGGCAGUGCUGAGUGGAAUUGAGGAGCAGGUUUCCAGAGCUAAUCAAUACAGAGAGAGUCAACUCAAGGUCAAAGUUCAAGUGGAAACUGAGCUUUGUGGCUCUAGUUUAGGGAAGGCUCUUUCUUGUUCCAUCAUGACUGGUGCCCUGCAUGCCAAGUAAGGACGGGACUUGAUGAGCCCUGACCUCAACCCUAUUAA